AACGCACUGUAGUAUUUCGACGGUCAUGCAGGCUUUGUCCGCGCAUCAAUUCUGGACUAUCUCUAUUCUGGAAGCUAUCUCAUGCCUUAGGGUUCAGCCAACUCACGAAAAUUCACUUAAACAGUCACAUAGUCAAUAACCUAGGCAGCUCUAUUUAUGAUUAUCUUCGAUGUCCUUUCUGCACUGUCAGUUGCAAUCUGUAGCUGAUGUCAAGGACGACGGCGAAGCAUCCGUCUCAAGUCGCUCAUUUCAUACCAGACCAUGCUCAGAACGACACCUAGAAAAGCACAUAUGGCAGGAUCGCCGAAGUUCGAACCCUUUGUUUGCUGCUCUGUGCGAGUGCUCCGUACGUGAAUUUUGAUUAUGUUGUUGGAGUGUUAUGCGAAUUCAACAGGAUGUCUGGACAUGGGCCUUGGCUCUCAAUAACGAUACGGAUUAAGUGUUGAUCUGUGUCUGCGUGCCGGUUCAAAUGUCCAAGCUUUGUCUCUGUUUUGGAGGCUGACUGUCCGGGUUGUGGUGAAUGUCAGCCUCGACGGGACCGCCGAGAAGGUAUAAAAGUCACCCCAAUGCUGCUUGGUCGACCCUAUCCACCUUCGUUCACUACUCCCACAUACCACACUUUCUAAUCCCCAUCAUCAUUUGAAAUGAUGCGAUUCUUGUUCUUGCUUGCCCUCCUGCCUGCGGCAGUACUAUCCACUGCUGUUGAUUCCGAAUCGCUCUCGUUCUGCGAGUCCCCCACCGUCGUCUCUCAGUCAUACAUCGGCGAAGACAAGGACGUGAAGGUCGAGAACAUCCGCUGUGCUAACGAUCUCACCGCGCGCUCUGAUGUAGACAAGAGGGGUGGAUCCGUGAACAUCUGCGGCGCCCGCUGUACAACGAAGUGCUUCCAACCUGCUGGAGGAGGACCUAAUCCUUUUGACUGUAAGGUCAUUGCUAACUUGUUAGACAAGAAUCGAAAAAACGACAACAUCUUCACUAUCCCAGCCGGUAAUUCCGUAAUCAAAAUGCAAUAUCGCUCGUGCACGACCUAUUUCGCCAACAAGGCUGGCAUUGAUGAACAAUACUGCCUCAGUGACUGGGGCUCACUUACUGAGUCUAUUGCGUUCGAUUGUCAGGCUCAACAGAACGCUCAUGGCGGUGAAUGCGUUGCAAACGACAAUAGAUGGUACAUACAAGUUCAGACUUCUUAGCUAUGAUAUGGCUUACUCCCUUUUCGUUUCUUUGUGGCUGUAUUCUUUUGGACCGUCAAUGGACUGACUAUACAUAGGCUGAGCCUCAUCUUUUAUAUCUGUAGAGCAGCGUAGUGGUUAUGUUAUCAAUCUUCUAAUGCGCAUCCUUC